ACCAGUCCCAGCCCCAAGCGCAUUGCUAUUGGUCUAGGCAACGUAAACUACUUACAUACGCAUAAACACCUUUCAAGUGUAUUAUUAAAGUUGAAAGCAGCAGCUAGUUGACAGUGUGCUUUCUAAAGUUUGGAGACAGGAUCUGAAGAGAAAAAGAGAUGACGUUGCACUGUGGCUUCGUAGUGUUGAUACUGUGCAAUGCAAAGGGUUUCCUGUUGAAAUUAUACUAGGCUUGCUCUGCUAAGAGCUGAAAGGACGUCCGAUGAUUUUCCAAGGCCAUACAUGCUGAGACAAGACUCUGAGCAUAAUAAAGACAUUUACCAGCAGUGAAAGAACUUGGCAAUGGACAGUGAAUAUGAAUCUUUAAAAAUGUACUCUGACUCAACCCCUUUAAUCAACAUAGAGUCAAAAGAAUGUUUUAUCUGCCGGGAAGGAGAGGAGAUGGGUCGUGACGGUCUGCUGCACUUCUGUGACUGCAAAAAUCUCUUUGCUCACCAGAAAUGUCUUUUAACUUGGAUACAAAAGAGUCUUCAUAAUGAAAAUGUUCCAACUUGCAAAGUAUGUACAGCUGAGUACCAACUUGAGAAAAAGUCACCCUGGAGAUUUCUGGCGACACAGUGGCAUCAAUGGGUCGUCCUCUGCACAGCUCUGGUUCUCAUGAUCAGCACUCCAUUCCUGGUCUACCAGAUGAUCGUUGCAUUUAAGGAUCCUCCACCAGGUCUACUUUUCAACGUAGCAGCCAUCUGUGUUGGAGCACUCACGGAGAUACUUCUGACCAAGUGAGUGGAAAUAGGAUGCCUGAUAAACUACUGCACUAGUAACCUUGAGAAAGCUCGGAUGUCUUCAUUUUCCAUCAGAGCAAGAACGGCAUAGCAUUGACAUCGGAGCAUCUGUGGUUUUGUGUCCAGCCAGUUGGAGUCCAUGAACAGCUGUGAUGAACAGAACCAGGAUGGAGAAACAGGAGGCGGCAAUGUCCAACGCUGAAGCCCUCUUUCUGAAUGAGACCAGGACAGAGGAACCCUGCCGUAGCAAGAGAAACUAAACAGAUUGAUUCUCAGUGACUCAUUUAGCUUCAGGAUUGGACAGAUCUUUCCCCUGCUGGCAAUUUGGCGAAGCAUCAGUGGAUCAGAUACCAAGAUGAAUAGCUUAAAAUAAUUAAGGGGAGGGAGGAGGAUUGAAUCUAAAAAAAAAACUGCUAGCCAUCCAAUUCUCUUCUAUGCAAUGAAAGACUCUAAGCAAAUUACAUUUAGGUUAUUAAAUAUUAAGUCAUUGGAUUUACCUCCAUUUGGCCCAAAGUAGAAAACUGGAAAAUAUUCAGAGUCGAUAUUAUUGUGUUGAUGGGCUGUUUAUCACUGAGUGACUGACUGAAUUUUGGCAGGUCAGUGAGAUCUUUGACACAUGAAUGGAAAAGAGGCAAUUGAAAUCUCCCCUUCAAAAAAGAGAGAGAGAAGAGAGUAAUUAAUUCAGCAAACAUAUUUGGCGUGAAUAUGGAUGUGUAUCAACCCAAAAAUUGCUUGCAGCCAAGAAGGUUUUUGCUCAGCAAGUGGGACUUUUAACCUUGCAUUGACAUUUGAGUUCUGCUUUGCUUCCAUUGAAGAAAGUAGAAAUGCUGAUACACUUUCUAGGAAAAACAGGAUCUCAUCCUGCAAGCAAAAUAGACAGUGCUUUGUAUUUAAAACGUGAAAUCAGAAGCAACAGGCUCAUUUAGUAUCAGUAAAGGUCAGUUAAAAUUAUAGAGACAUCCUUUGGAGCAAAUCCUCUGUCUUGUAUUUGCAUAUUUAUGAACUAGAGAUUAUGACAGCCCAUUCCAUUUAUUAGAGCAGUGAUGCUAUAGUUAAUAGUCUGUCAGCAUUUCCAUUAUAAACUCCUUUUUUCAGGGUUUUAAUAUCCCGGCCGCUUGAAAUCUCGUCAAGCAAGCGAGUUACUUUUGUCGAGCCAGGUGCAAAAAAAAAAAAUUCUGUUUGUUUUUCUUUAAUUUAAAGUCAAAAUAGAUUAAAGGAAUUUGGUCUUUUCUGACUUGGAAGAUUAAGUAGGUAGAGCAAAAUGAAGGGUGGUAUUGCACUUUCCUACUAUCUCCUUUGCUUGGGGUGUCUGUACUAAAACAGUGACCCUAUUUAAAAUCUUUUUUUUUCUCCUCAAAAUGUUGCCCUUCAGAUAACAAUUCCAUUCCUAGGUCAUGCUGGCUUGGGAAAUCUAAUAUAAAGAGGGCAGGCAUCAGGUUAGGAAGCAGGAUCUACAACUACAGCACAAACUUUAGUAGUUUGAUUAGAAAGAGAAAACUGUUCUGUCCCUCUAAGUUAUUUGGUUCCUGCAGAUUAGUUCAACUGGAAUAUAUAUUUCAAAGCCUCUGAUUUGAAUUACACACACACACACACACACACACACACACACACACACACACACAUAUAUAUAUAUAUAUAUAUAUAUACAUACAUACAUACAUACAUACAUACAUAUAUGUAUGUAUGUGGUUAGGGCAUUAGGCUAGAAACUGUGAGUUCUAAUUCUGCCUUAGGCACAAAUCCAGCUGCAUGAUCUUGAGCAGGUCACUUUUUUUCAGCCAUAUAUAGGAGGCAAUGGCAAAGCACUUCUGAAAAUCGUGCCAAGAAAACUUCAGGGAUUUAUCCAGGUAUUCUCAGAGAAUUGGACACAAUUGAUCAGAAGAAGGGUGGGGGGAAAUCAUAGCUCCAGAAUUAUUUUGGCCAAAUUUACCUUUUCUCUUUAAAAGAAAAGAAUUUUAGCUUUUGUAAUGAAAGGGCUAUAUAAGGGACUCAAAUUAGUGACUCUGCCAUGUGGACAGUCUUUUGAAAACAAGCUCUUAAUAAAAUGUAUUCACAUAUUUACCCUUUGA